AUGUCCAGCCGUGAAUUCUCUCCGAUCAUCGACGUCGAAUCGAACGACGACGUCCCGGAGUCGCUGUUCGUGAAGCGCCGCUUCUGCUUCUGCAUCCCCUACGGCUCCGACAAUUCCGCGGCCGCGGGGCUCAAGUCGCUGUGGAGCAGCGGCGUCAGCUCGCUCAAGAAGCUUCGCGAGUGGUCGGAGAUUGUCGCCGGGCCGCGGUGGAAGACGUUCAUCCGGCGAUUCAAUCGGAACAAGAGCGGGGGCUCGAACAAGUACCAGUACGACCCGCUCAGCUACGCGCUCAACUUCGACGAGGGCCCCGCCGGAGACCCGGUCGAGGUGGACGAGUAUUUGGCGCGCAAUUUCUCGGCGAGAUACGCCACCGUGUCGCCGGGUCUGGGGAGAGGAUCCAUGGAUCUAGGCAAGGAAGGUCCGAGUUUCAGCUGA